AUGAUCGAUACUGGAGCUAGUCAUUUGUUUAUCACUCAACGUGCAUUAAGUACAUUAUAUCAUUCAGCAGUAUCAUCCUGUUCGCGUAUUGCUCAAUUAGGUGACGGUCAUACUCAACUAAAAAUACUAGGUGAAGUACAACUAUUGCUCAAGUUUGAUCAGGUCUUUACAUCUCUGAAGGCCUUCGUUGUCAAAACGUUGAAUACCGACUUUCUUCUCGGUGAUAAUUGGUGCAAUCACAAUGCAGUACAAAUUGAUUAUGAAAAAAACCAAGUUUCGAUUCGUUCACCUACUGGACGUGUAUUUAUUCCAUAUGAUAAAUUUAUUGAUCAUUUAACUUUAGAUGUCAAACUAGUUGAUUCUGUUAAAAUACCACCCCGUGAAGCUGCCACUGUUCAAGCAAAAAUUGAAUUGUCAUCUGCUGACACCGUUUAUUUUCAUCCUGAUCUUACUACUCAAGUCGAAAAAUCUAUUUUACUCUCGCCGUCUUUAUUGAAUAUUAAAAAUUAUACAACAUAUCUCGAAAUAUACAAUCCUGAUGAUUAUACGCGUCAUUUACCGAUGAAUACUUUUUUAGGUCGUAUAACGCAUGCACCUCAUCAUAUACAAUCCUUUCCAUUGUUUGAAUCAUCCGAUUGUACACUUUCGUCAGCUAGACAACACCAUUUUAUUAAUACACUCGACCUUACAUCUUGUGCUACAACAACUGAAACGAUUGAUAAAUUACUUGAUCAUAUCACUAAUCUUCAGGAUAAAAAUGAAAUUCAACGCAUCCUUCAACAACACAUACAAGUAUUCGAUGUUUCUAAAGUCACACAAGCACAUACUCCUAUUCAACAUACUAUUAAUACCGGUGACAGUCUUCCAAUUAGUUCACGACCGUAUCCAAGAACCAUUCAGCAACGCCGUGAGCUUCAAGAUGAAAUACAGAAAAUGAUACAACACAAUCAAAUUCGUCCUUCAACAUCACCUUGGUCUUCUCCAGUUAUUAUUCACAAGAAACCGGAUGGUGGUAUCCGAUUUCUAGGUGAUUAUCGAAAACUGAACGCUGUAACAAAAAAAGAUUCUUUUCCUCAACCAACAACAGAAGAAUUAUUACAUCGUUUAGGGGGCCAGCAAUUUUAUACAAAAUUAGAUCUCAAGUCGGGCUAUUUUCAACUUCCUAUCCAUGAAGCAGACAAAGAAAAAACGGCUUUUAUUACUCAAGAUGGUUUAUGGGAAUUUAAUGUAUUGCCACAAGGUGUCAUGAAUGGACCUUCCACUUUUCAAAGAACGAUGCAUAAUUUACUUGGCUAUGGACGUUGGGAUUACGUUCUGGUUUACUUAGAUGAUAUUCUAAUAUUUUCCCGCACUUUCGAUGAACACAAAAAACAUCUACAUGAAAUAUUAUCAAUAUUAGCAAAUGCCAAUUUCCAAGUUAAUCCUGCAAAAUGUUCUAUAGCAGUUCGUGAAAUCGAGUUUUUAAGUCAUACCAUUAAUGAAAACUUUAUUAAACCUAAUGGUGAAAAAAUUAAAGCAAUUCGUGAAUUACCCGCACUCAAAACACUUAAAGAAGCGAAUGAAUUCUUGGGAAAAAUCAACUGGUACCGAAAAUUUAUACCUGAUUUUGCUCGCGUGGCCGCACCGCUACAUAAAGUCACUAAUAAAACAAAAAAUCAUCGACAUCAAUUCAGCUGGAGACCCGAACAGCAAAAUGCAUUUGAUGAAUUUAAACGAAUUUUGACCACUCACCCAUUAUUUUUAGAAUAUCCUGAUUUAUCAACACCAUUCAUAUUAACAACUGAUGCAUCUGAUGUCGGUAUCGGUGGAAUAUUACGACAAGAUACUGCUAAUGGCACUAAAAUUAACUAUUUCAAAUCUCGCGUUUUAAAUGAUAUUGAACGAAAAUAUGAUACAUUUGAAAAAGAAGCGUUAGCUAUUUAUUUGUGUCUUACUGAACGUCGGUCAUACAUAGGUGAUUCUUCUGUUAUUGUUGAAACUGAUCAUAAACCACUUGAAAAUUUUCAUACGAAGCAAAUUAAUAAUAAACGUGUGAUGAACUGGCUUUUUAAAUUACAAGAUAUGUAA